AUGGUUCUCCAAGUGAAAAGCAAUACUGCAAUGUACAAUGUCCCCAGAUACGGGGACAUACCCAACAUCUUCUUCGCGGACCUACUAGGAACAAGCGAAAGUGGCGAGAAGAACCCAAUCGUCGGAUCCUGGUUCCGAAUUGAGAAAGGACCUGAAUCUACGCCUCCGACAUACUCGUAUGAUGAGGUUGGGGUGGUCAUUGAGGGUGAGUGA